AUGAAGGCAGCUUGUUUGGCCUACUCUCCACGCUUUACCCCAACCAACCAGUCCCAGCUCUGGCUCAAGUCGCGGCUGGCUGAAGCUGACCUGGCUCUGCAGAUUAAUGCACCCAGUAUCUACGUGGAUUCCCUCAAGCUGAGUGCGGUGACAGGGAAGGCAGCAUCGGCACUGCCUCACCCUCUGUGGCUUCUCUGGGAUGACUCGACCCUUGCCAACGUAACAAUGUCGCCCUUGAUGGACCGCAUUAUGGCUGGGCCUCUCCCAACUGACCUUCGCUCCACGAUUGAGUACCUUCGCGAACGGGCCGCCUCGGUUGUCACCUCUCUUCCCACUCGCCUCUAA